CAAAACAAGCUUCUCCACCAUAUUUACAUGAAGGGAUAAGAAUUCCAAAGGCUAAUUUUGGAGAAUCGACCUUGGAAUGUCUAAACUAUAUGAAGAGGUACUUUCAGAUUUUUUACAUGGUCACUGAGUCACCGGUUUUCAUUAUCAUAUUUUUCAUUUGGAGAAGACACCAUCAUUUUCCCCCUCCUCUAGUCCAUGCUAUUGAGUUCCAGAUAGAAAACAGUGAAUCCACAAGUAUCCUUACUAUGAAUUUGAGAACAUCUUUCUGGAAGGAAAGAAAUUUUCAGUGGAAGCUGGCUCAGGAAGAUAUAUCAUGCAGACCCAACAACUGGAGAAAGCUGGACCAAAUGAAUGAUUCUAGCUAUUUAGAUGAAGUAAAUGAAUCUGGUCCUCAAGAAGUGGCAUGGGACCAUUUUGAAAAGUAGUCAUAGCUUCAAUCUUGCUACGCAUUUUAUGAUGCCAUGUUUAUGUUAGUUGUACCCU